CCACCGCUGCUAGUUUCGGAGUUAGCCACAAUGAUGCUAAGGAAGUAGCAUUGUUUUCAGGAAAUAGCCGUGUAGUGUAAAUGUGAAGCGGAUAACCGCGUCACUUGCCGCAAAACCCGAGCACAUAUAUUAAAGUGUGAUCAUUUUAAAUUCGCGUUUACAGAAGAAAUGUAGGGGAUGACUUUUGAGUCCAAGUAGUAUGGAUAACGUGUACUGUACUUUGCUAAUGCGUGCAUCGUAACGUUAACCUCUCCAACUGUGUGGUUUAAAUCUGACGGACAUUUCACUUUUGUCACACGUUUUGUUGCACAUUUGAACAAAUGGCGGCGAAUAUAUUUUAGUGGCGAUAGCACCGGCUUCGCGGUGAGUUUGCGCCGCGAACACCUGUUGUUUCUUCCCUAGAAGUAACUAGUCCCGUGCGAUAUGGAUUUCCUCACUCUGUUUGCUAUUUACGUGGUGGUGGUGCUGACGUGUAUCGUUUUAGUCUGCAAGUAUUCGGGGCAACAGCAAAAUAAUCCAUUCAUUAUUCUCCUCAACACAAUAUCAAAGGUAGCUGCAACGAUUACUCCAAAAUGGCUACAGCGGUUGUUGCAGGGGAUCGUGCACAGACUGUUUCAUCAAAGGAGCAACAUGUUCAUCUAUCUGCACAUUCUUUUGGAGGGAGUUGUGUAUGCAGAGUUCACCUAUGAGGUAUUCGGCUACUGCAGAGAAAUGGGCGCCUCUCUGACCAGCCUCUCUGUGCCUUACGUCCUGCUUGCCAUCAAGUCUUUUUUCUACUACCUUUGCAUCAAGAGAGAUCCCGGCACUGUGACAAAGAAGAAACUCCCGGGCCUUUUGAACAUGUAUCCGUACGACAGGAGGCUGUUUCACCCGGGCAUCUCUUGCCCAACAUGUCAUCUUAUCAAACCUGCCCGCUCCAAGCACUGUAGGGUGUGCGACACAUGUGUUGAACGUUUCGACCACCACUGCGUCUGGGUGAACAACUGCAUCGGUGCCCUCAACACACGUUACUUCCUGCUCUACUUGUUCACCUUGUGCGCAAUGGCGGCCGACAUCGCCAUCCUGACUGGCGGUAUGCUGCUUGAGGCUGUGCUGCUCUCAGGGCUCCUGCGGGCCGUCUACGUUGAUGAGUACGGCCAGCAACAGCCCACUGGCCCGCUGUUUGUCACACAGCAUCUGUUCCUGACCUUCCCCCGAAUCGUCCUCAUGCUGGGCUUCGUAGUCUUCGUCUUCUGCCUACUCGUCAGUUAUGCCCUCUUCCUUUUCUUCUUGGGGCUCGUCAAUCAGACCUCCAACGAGUGGUACAAAAGUCGAGGCUACGUUUGUCAGCACUGCCACCCGUCUUCCGCAGCCGACCACUUCUGUAACAUGGCGCUUCACAACUCAAAGAGAAACUACUACAGCCGAGGGUUCCUCCGAAAUUUGGGAGAGAUUUUCUUCCCUCGAGAAUCUGUUGGGAAAAAAGACACUUAGGAGAAUGUCUCUGUGCUUUAAAAAUUAAGUCACCCACACACUGACAUGGAUCGGGAAAAAGUCCCCUAACUAAGGAAGAACAAAUGCAUUCUGGAUUCCUUUGUUACGUCGUUGAACCAGUUGGUAUGUACUUUUAUUGUUUGGGGGGGGGGGGGGGGUUCAAA